CUCAGCACAGCAUCAGCCUCAUGCAUGUGAGGUCAACGCUGAAGCAUCACUGCAAAGCAGGGUCUCAGUCCAGCCCUGGGGAAGAUUAGGCCAGUUAGAGGCAGAGAUAAAUUAGGGGAUCUUGGUGUAGCCUUUGAUCUUUCCUCCGUUCCCUGGAGGGCUGCACAGCUGCCUGUCCCGCUCCCCUCGGCCCAGGCAGGGACUGACCUCCUGGAGCUGCUGGAUAAGUGGGACCAGCAGGGAUGCAGCCCCUGGGGCGCGUGCAGAGCUUGGCAGUGGAGCUGGAGGAUGGGCAGGUGUGGGGUGCCUACAGCAGUGGGGAGCUGCUGCAUGGCCGGGUGCAGCUGGAGCUACGCAGCCCGCUGCAGCUACGGGCUCUGGAAGUGUACGCUCGCGGCUGCGCUGCCGUGCACUGGCUGGAGAGCAGCAGCGUGGGGCUCAGUAUCAUCUACCGUGACUACACAGCCUACCAGACCUUCCUGUACCGCCGCUGCCAGCUCAUCCCUGACAACGGUGAAGUCACUGUCCUGCAGGCAGGAAGGCACGAGUUCCCCUUCACUUUCCAGCUCCCUGAGACCCUGGCUACCUCCUUUGAGGGAAAGCACGGCAGCGUGCGCUACUGGGUGAAAGCCAAACUGCACAGACCCUGGUCGACAGUGAAGAAAGUGAAGAAGGAGUUCACUGUGAUUGAACCCAUAGACAUCAACACGCCUGCGCUGCUGGCUCCCCAGGCAGGUGCUAAGGAGAAACUUGCUCGUGCCUGGUACUGCAAUCGUGGCCAGGUUUCUGUGACCGCCAAGAUUGACCGAAAAGGCUACACCCCAGGUGAGGUCAUCCCUAUCUUUGCUGAGAUUGACAACUGCACUAGCCGGGCAGUGGUGCCCAAGGCGGCCAUCAUCCAGACUCAGACCUUCAUUGCUCGGGGCACGAAGAAGCAGAAGAAGUCGGUGGUGACCAGCAUCGUUGGUGAUUCCAUUGCAGCAGGGAAGCGGGAAGUGUGGCAUGGGCGGGCGCUGAAGAUCCCACCGGUGGGGCCAUCCAUCCUCCAGUGCCGCAUCAUCCAGGUGGAAUAUUCUCUGAAGGUUUGUGUGGAUAUUCCUGGGACGUCCAAGCUGCUCCUUGAACUGCCGCUUGUCAUCGGCACCAUCCCGCUGCAUCCGUUCGGCAGCCGCACAUCCAGCGUCAGCAGCCAGUACAGCGUCAACCUGGACUGGCUGAGCUCCAUCCCAGAGCAGGCAGAGGCUCCCCCUGAAUACUCUGCGGUCGUGUCCAGCCCGGAGGCUGAGCAGAGCCUGGCUCCACCGUGCCGCAGUGAACUUGGUGGCAUCCUAGAAGGUCCCUUUUUUGCCUACAUCCAGGAGUUUCGCUUCCGACCACCUCCGCUGUAUUCAGAGAUUGACCCCAAUCCCCCUUCAGACAACAUCCGUCCACGCUGCAUGACCUGUUGAGAGAAGCGCAUGGGAUGCAGUUGACAGCGUGGCGACCCCUUGGGAUGAAAGCUUGUACCCUCACAGCACUUCGGUCUGGAAAUGGGGACGUGGCAGCUGUGAGACCAGAGCCCCUGCGGCACCGAGACCCCGGCUCCGCUCACUGCCCUCAACUGCUCUUGUCGUGACUGUCCUACAGACUGCCACUAAGUGUGAUGGUGUGGACUUGGGCGUGGACUUGGGCAUGGUAGAACACGUGAGACUCCAUGGUGUGGAGCGGCUCCAUGUGUGAUGGGGCAGGACACGGAGGGUUAAGAACUGCCCCAAGAUUUUGGGGUUAAAACGGGAUAUUCAGCAUGAGCCAAGAUUCCUGCAGUGGCUGUGCUCUGACAACUCCUGUCAUGGAAAACAGGAGCUUGGAGGUAUUUCUCAGGAUUAGCAGAGAAUAAUUUAACAUUGCUGGGCUUUGUGUCCCAUGGUGAUGCAGGUGGAGCCCUUCUCCCGCAGUGGCUCACCAGGAUCGCACUUCCCUAAGAAAGUCAAAGGUCUUUCUGGGCAGAUGAAGCAGAGACUUUGUCUGCUGCUAAUAAUCCUUGCUACCAGCCUGGUGAUGCCUUCAGGGGAACAGUUUGAACUAGUCCACUGAAACAAAAGGCUUCCAUGGGCUGUUUCCGAGGUCUUGGGGGAAUCUGUGAUCUGUGGCAUUCUUUUGGUGCUCUUUACCCAGAACAGGAAAGCUGGUUGCUGUGUGUCAGCACCAAACUGGCACAAUGUGCUGAUGCCUCCCCUGUGAUGGGACUGAAUCCCCCACCCCCCGCCCAAACUGCGGUGCUGCCACAUGGCUGUGGAGGCUGUCGCUCUGCCAUCUCCCCGGUGGCCAAGGAAAAGAGAAGGAAGCCCAGUCCAGGGCUGGUGGCAGCCACAAAUGCUGGUGAGAGAUGUGGAGUUGAAAGGAGUCCUUCAGGGCCAGGAGUCCUGCUCAGGAUGGGCUUGAUCCUGCAUGCGUAGAGGGGUCAGUGGCCUCAGUGCAGUGAGGACACAGCAGCAACCGGCACUCAGCCGUGUAGGAGCUGGUGAGCCGGGUGUUGGAGCAAGAAUCGCUGGAGCCUGCAUGCUGGGGGCUGACCCCACUUGCUCCAGCGUGACCUGAGCAGAGUUUGGGUGCUGAGGACCUUUGCAUUCCCUCACUGAGACAAUCCUGCCUGCGGAGCUGCUUGUUUCCCCACUCACAACCAAAGCCAAGCGUGCCUUAGCCUCCGUGCUGUGGCUGCGCUCUGCUUGCUGGGGAUUGCUCAGAUGAUUUUUUUUUUUCCUAUCUGUGAACACUUUUGUAAUGACCACUCUUGUCUCUAUUCUUUUUGUACAAAUUUUUGUUGGAAAUAAAUUCUUUAAACUCA